UAUAAUAAAUUAUUUUUAACACGCUUUCUCUUGCUCUGUCCUGAAGCUCUUAAAAUAUAUAACUAUAUAUCAUCUUAUAUGCAAUAAAUUUUAAAUAUACACUUUUCCUUUUCAUUACUACAGAAACAAUUUACCAUAUAACACAGAUACAUAAAAUAAAUGUAUUAUUUAAAAGAACCAUAUGUGACUUGAGUUGACGCAAAGCAAUAAACUACACAAACAACCAGAAUACAAAACACAGUGAUAGUCUACUAAAAUAAUCAGGCCUGAACAAAUAGAUGACUUAGAAACUUGUCAGCAUUACUAAACUGUGUCAUUGGCGUCGUGGGACUUUUAUUUUGAAGAGAAUUUUUCCAUUCAGUGUCGUCUCUUGUUUUGGAGGGAGUAUCAAAGGGAAGAAAAAAUAUGUGAAGAAACAUAAGUCCUCGUAUGUUAAUAUUUUAAAAAUUUGAUUUCACAGAAAUAUUCUAUCAAGAGUAAAUCCUUGAACUCUGAAUGUGACUAAGUUACCCGAAGACACAUAUUUUAGUAUGGCUAGAAUUAGCUGUCAUCUGUCCUAAACUGGCGUAAUAGUACGAGUCUAAACAGCAUUUCAGCAUAGUUUUUGUCAGUGUCAGCGCUAGUAAAAUGCACAGGACUGUGCCCAGCCUUCCCCUGGCGCCCUCAGUGAAGGUGAAGCUCAUCAAUGCGGGUUUCCAAGUGGCGUCAGACUUGACUGACAUGCGUCCUCUUCAACUCUGCAAAGAGGCAGGUAUAUCACAGGAGGAGGCAGUGGAGGUGCUGCAGAUGUUGAGGGAUGAUGGCCAGCCUCACCAGCAGAGGGCAGCAACAGAGAGCCUAACAGCUCUGGAUCUCCUGCACCAGGAGCAGGCUCAGGGGAGCAUUGUGACAUUCUGCUCAGCCCUGGAUGAUACCCUCGGAGGGGGCGUGUCUGUGGGAAAGACCACCGAGAUCUGCGGGGCCCCUGGUGUUGGAAAGACUCAGCUGUGCAUGCAGCUGGCUGUGGAUGUGCAGAUUCCUGUGUGCUUUGGAGGUCUGGGAGGAAAGGCACUGUAUAUAGACACAGAAGGGAGUUUCUUAGUGCAGCGGGUUGCUGAUAUGGCGAAUGCAGCCGUGCAGCACUGCACACUCCUGGCAGAGGAUACAGAACAGAGACAGGCUUUAGAGGAACUUACUGUCGAGAAGAUCCUCUCAAACCUUUUCUUGGUUCGUUGCCAUGACUAUGUAGAGCUGUUAGCUGAGGUUUACCUCCUACCUGACUUCCUUUCUGAGCAUCCUGAGGUGCGGUUAGUAGUGAUUGACAGCAUCGCCUUCCCAUUCCGGCAUGACUUUGAGGAUCUUUCUCAGAGGACGCGCCUCCUGAAUGGCCUUGCCCAGCAGCUCAUCCAACUAGCAACACAACAUAGUAUAGCGGUUGUUUUGACCAAUCAGAUGACGACAAGAGUUUCAAAUGGCCAAUCUAAGCUGGUUCCUGCGUUAGGUGAGAGUUGGGGUCAUGCUGCGACUCAGAGGCUCAUCCUGCACUGGGAAGGACUGCGAAGGCUCGCCUCCCUGUACAAGUCCCCAAGUCAGAUGGAAGCCACAAUACAAUAUCAGAUUACAGUCCAGGGUUUUAGGGAUUCCCCAGAUGAACCCAGACCAGUUCCUGAUGUAUCUGCAGUCUCAUCUCAAUCAGGAAACCACAGCAAACGCCCUCGGAUGGAGGAUCUGUCUUGAGGAUGUAUUGCAGACCAUUUGGUUUUCAAAGAUGUAGGAAGCCUCUUCAAAACCUGAAAUAUGCUGAGAAAAAGAAAACAUCAUAGCAGGAAUGUACAAAUAUGUAUAUAUUAUAUAAAAACACAAUUAAGGACAGUUAGUUCUUGGAUUAUUAUUGAAUAAAUUACAGUAUAUUUAUUGUUGGGCCUUUUAUUGUGGUAUUAGUGGAUCCAAAACAAACUUCCCAUCAGACAACGACCAAAUGAAAAUUCAGCUUUGAUCUCAGGAAUAAAUUAUAUUUUAGAGUAUAUUAAAAUAGAAAACUGUUAUUUUAAAUUGCAAUAAUAUUUCAUAAUAAUGUUUUUCUAUAUUUUUAUUUUGAUCAAAUAAAUGGAACUUUGA